GUAUAGGCAGCGAAGCGAAUCAGAAUAAACUAUUAAACUGAACAAGUAUUUUCUUUCAGUGUAUGAUAAUAGUGUAGGAUCGCAUACCGUGUUUUCGAAAUCAUGUAAAUUAGUAAAUAUGGGCGAGGUUGACUGAACCCAAGUGUUAUAACUAUAUAUAUAGAUGACUUCCUGAUCAGGAUUUAUUCUGGGAUUUAUCAUGGCAGGGGACACGGGCAUGGCCCUUUUUCUGCUUGUUUUCCUGUCUGUUUGUCAAGUUGUAGCAGCAGAUGGCAGUACAGGCGUUAUAGUAGCUGGCACUGUAGCUGGGGUCAUUCUAGUGUUAGUAUGUGCAGGGGUGGCUAUAGUCUGCUUGUACAAGCGUCACCUGUCGAAUGAAAAGAACAAGCACAGUAAGAAGAACAAGCAUAAAGUGUAUAUAGCUAACGGGACACAUCUUCCCCCACCUCAUCAUUAUGCUAAACGCCACCAUAUGAACGGUUUUGCACCCCACUCGAUGACCAGGAUGCCACCGCCGCAAAUGGUGAAUGCUAUGCCUAUGCGACCGCCCCCACCGCCGGCAUAUUUAGGAUCAGUCCCAUAUCCUCCUGCGGCAGUACCCUAUGCUACAUACCAUGGACCUCCGCCAGAGAUGCGAUAUGAAAUGAAAGGUCAUGCUAGACCUGAAACCUUGUCUGGUCCACCUCCGAUAGUCAUCCCUUUUGAAACGAACGGCGGGGCUGGUGGAACCGUGACUGUCAGACCAGAUCCGAGACCUGUCGUUCAUAAAAGGUCCAAAUACAAACGCCGCGAGCAGUUAGACACUGCCGAUGAUCAUAAAAAACCUUCCAGUAGACACAAGUCUCCAACCAGACACAGACCAAAGUCACAAGAAUUCAUUGUUCAGCAAUCAUAUGACGGUAUACCUGUGAUUAGACCAGUCAUUUAUAUUGAUGAUGACGAGGAUGAUAAACGCAGACAUAGGUCUAAAUCACGUGACCGACGUCAAAAGAAAAGCUCGCCGUCACCAAGAGAUGGUGCCAAGAUAACUGAAAUAGCAGACGAUCCACAGGUGACAGUUGUGCGAGCAGAGACAGAAAUCAACACCAACCCACCAUCACAACCUCGAAUACUAACACCACCCCCGACACAGUCUAGGUUAUUAACGCCAACACAAAACGAGAGAUCACGAGCUUCAUCGGUUACGGAAGCUGUAAACGCACUACGCAUGUCUGUAAAAGAUCAUACUGGUGAAGACAGUGAUUCGAACUCAUCUCAUUCAUCAAAUGCCCCGUCAUUCGGUUGGGCUCAGACCGAGCAUAGAGCCCCUGAUCCAGUUGCUGGUGACGUUAUUUUCUUUCCUGCAGGAACAGAGGUAGAGACGAGUCGUAACAGAGAACCACAUGCUAAAGAAGAUGUUUACAGCUAUACUAAAGUGAUAAAAUCUUCGAUGAAGGAGAAAACACCUCCGUCGCCUGAGAGCCCUGAACCUCAUCCUGCACAAAUGUCCUAUGCCAAUCAAGGCUACGAAACACCAAAAGAACUCCGACGAUCAACAAUAGGUUCUAAAAAUGAGGAAAAUCAUUAUCAAACAGAGCCAGAUACAGGUUAUAAUCCAUAUAGUAAUAUUGGUGCAUCCAUGUCUGAUCGUCUGCAAAAUCUAGUGGAAGAUGGCGACAAAACAAGAUUCAGUCAUUAUAAUGUUGGCGCUAUAAAUUUCGCUGACGAAGAAGGGGAGGAAGAGGAGCAUGUAGAGAUGAGGGUAAAACGACCAGACACCCCUCCAUCAGAUAUACCAAGAGAAAGUUUCUACGCUAAAGUUAUAAAAAGGCCAAAAACCCCGCCAAAUGAUAUACCAGUAGUUUCUCCACGGGAGUCAACCGAAGUGCCUCCAUUGAACCUAGCUAGUACAGUAAAUUCUCCACGGGAACAAAGUUACAGACCAGCUACACCUCCUCAAGAUUUUCCAAUAACUCCCCAUUCUUCUUUUGUAAGACCACGCCCUAAAACCCCACCGACAGAUUUCCCUAUGACGCCUACAGAUUCGGGAGUUUCUGCACGACCACCUACACCCCCGUAUGAUGCAGUAGAUACCAGCAGGUUAGGUGAAACUCAACGAUCUACAGCAGUUGAUCCAUCAACAGGGGAGCCCGGCUCAUUCCAAGCUCGUCAGAGGCUUAUUGAAGCACAUUUGUUGAAGAACGCAGGGUCACCAGCCACUUCAAACCCGUCUCCUCCCAAACCAGCUCAAAGUUCAGUCCCUAAACCUAGAUUCACACCUGCUCCCCCACCCCCUUCUGUCCCAGUUGUAACUGUUAUUCCAGGAGAAGUUCCACCAGCACCCCCUCCACCCCCACUCCCAAAAUAAUGCCCCCCACCUAGUAAACCAUAGUUCAAUCUGUAAUAUAUCAAAUGUGCUAUUUGUUUUUCUGUCUCUAUAGUUACUUCCAUAAUAUCAAUACUAACAACUUAUACACAUUUGUAUAUUUAUUUCUAAUAAAACCCUUUCUAUGUAUAUAAUAGGUCAAUGUCUAAAAAAUCCUAGAGGAUAAUUUACAUAUCAACUAAAUAUUUUAAUUGACAUUAAAUACCGAGACAGCUUUCGUAUCGUAAAUUGUUUACUAUUGAAGGUUAUUAUGCUGUCCCAAAAAUAUAUAUAUUCUAUAAGCUACUUUCA